GGUCCUGUCAGACUCUCUCUGAGCGCCAUGACCACGCUGAACCAACAGUACGAGGAGAAGGUGCGUCCAUGCAUCGACCUGAUCGACUCGCUGCGCUCUCUCGGCGUGGAGAAGGACCUGGCUCUGCCGGCCAUCGCCGUGAUCGGAGACCAGAGUUCGGGGAAAAGCUCGGUGCUGGAGGCGCUGUCCGGUGUGGCUCUGCCCAGAGGAAGCGGCAUCGUGACGAGAUGUCCCCUGGAGCUGAAGAUGAAGCGUCUGAAAGAAGGAGAGGCCUGGUCUGCAAGAAUCAGCUAUCAGGGGACUGAGCAAGACAUCGACUGUCCAGCCGACGUGGAGAAGCACAUUCGUCUGGCGCAAGAUGAGCUGGCGGGAGUCGGCCUGGGAAUCAGCGAUGAGGCCAUCGCUCUGGAGAUCGCCUCCCCCGAUGUUCCCGACCUGACUCUCAUUGACCUUCCUGGCAUCGCCAGGGUGGCGGUGAAGGGUCAGCAAGACAACAUCGAACAGCAGAUAAAGCGCCUGAUCCAGAAGAUCAUCACGAAACAGGAAACCAUCAGCUUGGUGGUUGUCCCGAGUAACGUGGACAUCGCGACCACGGAGGCCUUGAAGAUGGCGCAGACGGUGGACCCUGAAGGAGAGAGAACUCUGGGUAUCCUGACCAAACCGGAUCUGGUGGACAAGGGAACGGAACAGACGGUGGUCGACAUCGUACGGAACGAAGUGGUGCCGCUGAAGAAGGGCUACAUGAUCGUGAGGUGCCGCGGUCAGAAGGAGAUCACGGACCAAGUUCCCCUCACUGAGGCCAUCGAGAGAGAAAAAGCCUUCUUUAAAGAUCAUGCCUUUUUCGACGUCUUGUACAGCGACGGCCAAGCCACCGUCCCCAAGCUGGCUGAGAAGCUCACUCUGGAGCUGGUGCACCACAUCGAGCUGUCACUGCCCCGCCUGGAGGAGCAGAUCGAGGAGAAGCUGGCCCAGACUCAGGCAGAGCUGGAGAGAUAUGGAAACGGACCUCCAUCGGAGCCGUCUGAGAGACUCCUCUUCCUCAUUGACAAAGUCACGGCUUUCAUUCAAGACGUUACGAAUCUGACGUCGGGGGAGGAGCUCCAGUGUGGGGAGAAGAUCAACGUAUUUCCCGCGCUGAGACAAGAGUUUGCCAGCUGGCACGAGCAGCUCGACCGCUCUGGAGAAAAGUUCAACACCAGGAUCAAUGAGGAAAUACAAUACUAUGAGACCAAGUUUCGUGGAAGAGAACUGCCUGGUUUCAUCAACUACAAGACCUUCGAGGUCCUGGUCCAGGAGCAGAUCAAGCUGCUGGAAGACCCUGCAGUCAAGAAGCUCAAAGAUGUGGCCGACGCUGCAAGAAAGUCUUUCAUCCAGCUCACCCACAAGUGCUUCACUGGCUUCCCCAACCUCUUCAAAAACACCAAGGCAAAGAUUGAAGCCAUCAAACAAGACAAGGAGGCGAUCGCAGAGGGGAUACUGAGAACUCAGUUCAGGAUGGAGCAGAUGGUUUACUCGCAGGACAGGACAUACAGCGGCAGCUUGAGCCAGACAAAAGUAGCAGAGGAAAGUCAGCAAAUGGCGCCUAAUGCCUCCAGCAGUUUCAUACCUGUUGUGAUGCAAAAUGACGCAUCGCUCCUGGGGAUGAAGUUGCACCUUAAAUCUUACUACAAAAUCGCCAGCCAGCUACUGGCAGACCAGAUCCCUCUGGUCAUCCGUUACCAGAUGCUGCAGGAGUCGGCUGCUCAGCUGAAGAGGGAGAUGAUGCAGAUGAUUCAGGACAAGGAGAACGUGGAGGUCCUUCUGAGGGAGGACUCUGACAUCGGGCAGAAAAGGGCGGCACUGGAGAGUCGCCUCAGACGUCUCCUGAAAGCUCGAACAUACCUGUUGGAGUUCUAGUUCAGAGUGGUCAUUGCUGUCGUCCGUGUCAAACAUCCACCACUGUUUUGCAAGAGUUGCAAACUGAGGCGCAGAGCGUACCAGAAAACCAAUCAAAGGAAGGACCAAAGCUCUUUCUUGGUCCAUGGCUGGAAAUGGUGACUUAGUGGUGCAAUAGUGGUGAAUCACGGUAACACGGACGCCUGCAAUGAUGGAUUUGGUUCUUCAGUGUCUGUCGUUGCUUGAAUUCAGCGUGUUGUGUUUUUGGUUGAAGAUCGUUUGUUCCGGCCUACUUGACUGUCGAUUACUUCUGCCUGUCUCACUCACUCGCCUGCGCUACACCGGGAGUUUUCGCAUUACCAUAGGCUGCUGUUCAUUCUUCUGCCGGUGCCUGUUUGACCACAUUACCAGGUCUCCAGCUUUGCCCAUUCACGUGUAG